AUGGCGUCCGUUGUAAUGGCGGACGUUGACGAGGAUAAUGCAAAUAGGGAGGCUUUUUCAAGGCCGUUACAUAAGGCAUUUUUGGCAAAUAAAGUAGUUUGCCCGAUGCCCCAGUGCGUCCAACAUAAGUUGUUUUUUGAAAAUAAUGGAUUAGCGCAGCAUUUUCGUAUGGCUCAUAAAAAACAGAUGACAGACCAAGAUCUGUCAAAUUCUUAUUCGUUCAUGAAACGUAUGUAUGGAGAGGAAACGUUGAAAUAUAUUUCCUAUUUAUCGGAGAAGAGUACGAAGGUAUGUUCAUUUAAUUUUACAUAAUUUACGCUCAAUAAUGUAUCAAUUGUCGCAAUUUAAUAUAUGUGCAUAUUUAAAAAUAUCAAUAUUUAAAUUAAUAAAUAGCUUCGAAUUUUGAUUGUUGUAGACAUUGGCGAGUGGUUCUUGGUUUGACGUUUCUGGAGAAGGAAAGGUUAUUUCUAUAUUUGGCCAAGAUCCGAAAGAAGUUGCCAAAAUAUAUGGAAUGUUUCUGUUGCACUCUGGCAAGCUAAAGACAUACUGCGGAUCAAAAUAA